AUGAGUGAUGCAAGUCGACUUCGUAUACAUGAAAUUUUACAUCGCAAGGGUGAUCAAAUUACUGAAGCCGAGUAUGUGUUUGACGAAAUUCUUACCAAUGGUAAAACACGUCAACAUCGUGUUCAUGUCAAGAGAGAAGAUUUUGAACGACUAGCUGCUACGAUAAAGAAACCGUGGUUACCAUUUGAAAGUUUCACAAAAGUGACACGACCCUUACUGAUGGGACAUCAAGCAGCGGAAGAUAUUCCUGAGGCAUUUCGUCUACUUGAUAUGGAUAAUUCAGAAACUAUUGAUAUUGGUGAAUUAGCUUCGUUUAUGCCUGCCAUUAUACCCAAUUCUAAUUCAUAUAUGCUUCUUCGUUAUUUUCAACCGGCAGAUACUAAUAAUGAUUAUAAACUCAAUUUAGAUGAAUUUACUGCCUUCAUAAAGAAAGAAGUUAUCCGAGAUCUUGCACUUGGACGUAAUUAA